AUGAGAUUCGAGAAGAAGGGCAAGUUAAGCCCUAAGUUCAUUGGCCCAUACGAGAUUCUGGACAGAAUAGGAGAGGUGGCUUAUAGAUUGGCGUUGCCGCCAGGCGUUGAUCGUGCGCAUAAUGUGUUCCAUGUUUCUCAGUUGCGGAGAUACAUUAGUGACCCUUCGCAUGUGUUACAACCAGAGUCUCUCCAGUUAGAUGAUAACAUGACUUAUGAGGAGUUUCCAGUUCAGAUUCUGGACCACAAAGUUCGAAAGACUCGCAAAGGUGAGACAAAGAUCGUGACGGUGUUGUGGUCCAACCACAACUCGGAGGAGUCUACUUGGGAAGCUGGGGAUGUGACGCGUCUUAUGUAUCCCCAUCUCUUCACUCAGACAUUCUAUAAUAGGUUGUCUCAUGAGGUUCAAAUAUCUAUUGAUGCUAUAGCCGAAUGUGCUUUCAUGGGUAAGACAACUGCUGAAGCCAAGGCUUUGCUUGAGGAGAUGGCUACUAAUAGCUACCAUUGGUCUAAUUAA